CCAAAGGGACCGUUUUGAUUGAUUCUUGCAGUUGCAGAAAGCACUCAAACCCAUUUUGUUUGUCCAAAAUUAAAGUUGUUACUCGUGUAAUACGCUAACUUGUCACCCGCGAAAAUAUCUUUCUUUCUCUAAAUGGGAAAACUUGCCGCCGUUGGCCUCUUCCUACCCACAAAUUCCUCCACGGAACUUACCAUUGAUAGCUGAAACUGAAUGUUUGGUCGCCGGGACUUGGCGUCGACCGUCGACAUAUUUCCGUCAUCCGAUUCAGCAUUUAACACCUUCAUCCCGUUCAAUCUCUGACGUCUUCUCUCGAGACCUAACGGAGUAACGGAAACUACCCAAAAAAGGUUGGAGCAGGAAACUCGUCUUCGUUUUUUCUCUUUAGCGAUACCUCCACCAAACACCUGGCUCUUUUUAUCUGUGGAUAAUAUAUUUGUAUUCGUUUCACUGUUCUUUCUUCCCCCUCCCUCCCUCCUAUCUCCCCGUAUUGGUUGCUCAAUUCGUUUGAUUUCUCGUUUCCUGUUAAUGAAGGGAUAGGUUCGAUUCAACCCUUCAUUCCCUGGAAAUUGGUUGAUCAAUCUAUGUUGGAGCAAUAGAUUUUGUGGAUUUGAUCUCCGAAUGCGGUCUUACCUCCCUGGUUGUUCAUUGAAUUCUUUGAAAUUAGGAUUAUGAUCUCUCUGUAGGUUUUGUGCAACCGUAAAGUUGUGGACUUUUUCAUGCUAGCUACAAGGAAUCCAACAAUGGCUACUGCUGAAGCGAUUUCCCGAACUGGGUUGCCGCGGCUUCAUCAUUUCGAUCCUCUCUUUAAUUAUUCAAGCUCGUUCGUUUCUGUAAAGCCCAUGAAUGGUCGCUCCAGAAGAAGCAGGAGGAAUCAUUGCUCCAAAGCUUUAGUAUAUUGCCCUGCUAAGGUCUAUGCAUGCCGUGGGAGCAUUGAUCCCCUCUCCUUUGGGAGGAUCAAUAAAUCCGCUGGAAGACCGGGUUCUAGCAGAUGCAAAUGCCAGCAGCAGUCUGAAACUUUUGGCAGCGAUGGUGGAGGAAUGUCGAUCCCUGUGUUUGGCGUCAAUGGUGGAGGUCAGGAUUUUUCACUGCUCCAGCAAUUGAAACCAGAAAAUGGAGACGUUGCAGUAGGGGGGAACGGUGGGCUGUUGGAUGGAAAUGGAACAGCUGCAACUAGUACAGAUGUGCAACUCAAGGGAUCUUCUACGAAUCCAAUUGAGGAUGAAGCUUGGGACUUGUUGCGUGCAUCCGUUGUGUACUACUGUGGUAACCCUAUUGGAACUAUUGCUGCUAAUGAACCAAACAGCAGUAAUGUAUCGAAUUAUGAUCAAGUCUUUAUUCGUGACUUCAUUCCUUCUGGGAUUGCUUUCCUUUUGAAAGGAGAGUAUGAUAUCGUGAAGAAUUUCAUUCUUUACACUCUACAAUUGCAGAGUUGGGAGAAAACAAUGGAUUGUUAUAGUCCUGGUCAAGGGCUAAUGCCGGCUAGUUUCAAGGUUCGAACUGUUCCUCUCGAGGGUGAUGAAAAUGCCAGUGAAGAAGUCUUGGAUCCUGAUUUUGGUGAAGCUGCAAUUGGUCGUGUUGCACCGGUUGACUCUGGCUUAUGGUGGAUUAUACUCUUACGAGCUUAUGGAAAAUGCUCUGGCGAUCUCUCGAUGCAAGAGAGAGUAGACGUACAAACUGGGAUCAAAAUGAUUCUGAAACUUUGCCUUGCUGAUGGCUUUGAUAUGUUUCCAACCUUAUUGGUCACGGACGGUUCUUGUAUGAUUGAUCGACGCAUGGGAAUUCAUGGGCAUCCUUUGGAGAUUCAGGCCCUCUUUUAUUCAGCUCUACUAAGUGCACGUGAGAUGCUUGCUCCAGAAGAUGGAACAGCUGAACUCAUUACGGUCCUCAACAACCGUCUGGUAGCCUUGUCUUUCCACAUCAGAGAAUACUACUGGGUUGACAUGAGAAAACUGAACGAAAUUUACCGUUACAAAACUGAGGAGUACUCUUACGAUGCAGUCAAUAAGUUCAACAUCUACCCGGACCAGAUUCCACCCUGGUUGGUUGAAUUCAUGCCCAGCAAAGGAGGCUACUUGAUUGGAAACCUGCAGCCUGCUCACAUGGAUUUCCGUUUCUUCUCUCUGGGGAACUUGUGGUCCAUAGUGAGCAGUCUUGCAAACAUGGAACAGUCCCAUGCUAUAUUGGAUCUAUUUGAAUCAAAAUGGGAAGAUUUAGUGGCUGAGAUGCCUUUCAAAAUCUGCUACCCUGCUUUAGAAGGCCAGGAAUGGCGUAUCAUCACAGGCAGUGAUCCGAAGAACACACCUUGGUCUUACCAUAAUGGUGGUUCUUGGCCAACUUUGCUGUGGCAGCUCACUGUGGCAAGCAUCAAGAUGAACCGACCAGAGAUUGCAGAAAGAGCAGUGGAGCUUGUCGAGAAGCGGAUCUCGAGAGACAACUGGCCAGAAUAUUACGAUACCAAGCGAGGGAGAUUCAUCGGAAAGCAGUCGAGGCUGUUCCAGAC